AAGCAUCCAAUAUUUCUUACCGCCUAAAAUAGUGAGUCGUUAUUUUUUACCAACGCUUUCGUGUGUUUUUCUCGCAAAAAAAACCGCAUUACACUGUGAUAAAAUCCAACAACAGAUCUGUCAACCGUUUCGCGUCCAGCCGUGUCAAACAACCAACCGUAACAAUGGCAAAGGUACAACUGUGCAAUAUAACCGUAAUGGACAACCCCAGCCAGUUCCUCAACCCGUUCCAGUUCGAGAUCACGUUCGAGUGCAUCGAGGAGCUGAAAGAAGAUUUGGAGUGGAAGAUGAUCUACGUCGGGUCGGCCGAAAGCGAGGAGUACGACCAGGUUUUGGAUUCCGUGUUCGUCGGCCCCAUUCCCGAGGGCAAACACAUGUUCGUCUUCCAAGCAGACCCUCCGAACGUGAGCAGGAUACCGGAGAACGACGCUAUCGGCGUCACGGUGGUGUUGUUGACGUGCUCGUACAGGUCGCAGGAGUUCAUCAGGGUCGGCUACUUCAUUAACAACGAGUACAGCGAUCCGGAACUGAAGGAGAACCCCCCGAGUCCACCUCAGUUCGAUAAGGUUACGAGGAAUAUUUUGGCGUCUGAACCUCGAGUAACCCGCUUCAAAAUCAACUGGGAAGAAGCAAACCAACAAGAAAAUGUGCCUUCCAAUGACCAAAAUCAGCCAAGCACCUCCGCAACAGAAGAAAGUUCAAAUAGUCAAAUUCCUAGUUUUAAUGAAAACUCUAACUCGUGGGCGACAAUGGAGUGUUCCUAGUAAUCAUAAUUAAGUGUUUCGUUUUAUAAGGACUGAUGCGGAUUUCGAUAUUUGUGGUGCGCCGUGCGUUUUUUUAAUAAGGCGUUUUUUGUAUAGUUUAGGUUAAUAUUUGAAAUUAAAAGUAUUUUGUUCUAA